AUGGACGCAAUAACAGACUCUUACAAACAGGGCUCUCUUCGUUAUUUUUUCUUUCAUGGCAACCAUGGAGUCGUCCCUAUCCCCCAGCAGAUGACCAUCGAUGCCCACAUCGUGGUGUUCACCGGGAAAGGUCAAAUUUUGCUCGAGACCAGUAAAGGACCACAUUACCACUUCAACAGCGGGGUCUAUGAAAACAAUGAUACCUUACCAGCAAAGCCAUUGGUCGAAAAGAUUCUGAAGAAUGUAUCUGUUCCAGCCCUUGUUUUAGCUGAGGUUCCAAUCACCCAAAUGGGCAUGGACUUCCAAACAUCUGAUCCAUUUCUCUAUGUUGCCAUCCAAGUCCUUGGGAGGAGCGACCUUCCCCCCUGCACUUCUUGCGAUAGAGAAUACCUAGCCCUGAUGAUGCAGGCUUUCGUGCCCCGGGUUUUAAUUUCACUGGCUCCAGCAGCUAGCGAGUACCUCCCUGGAGAUGCCCGUAAUUUGGUCAUCGAUAUUGCCAAUGGGAUGAAACUCAUUGAAGAGGACCAUGAAUUCCGUAUGUUCAUCUCGAUGUAUCGAGGACGUUAUGUGCAAAAGCCAUUGUCGCACCAGGAAGUCGUGGAGCUUUGUCUGCUUCAUAUUCUAAAGAUGCCUUUCGAAUUGAGGUUGUCCAUUCAAAGUUCUUUGAUUCGUUAUUAA